AUGGAUUCCCGCGGAAACAGAGGACAAGGGCGAACAAAUGCCCGCUUAGCAAUUCGUCAUCGCUCUUGCGACCAGUGUCGGUCUCGGAAGAUCGGCUGCGAUCGGGCCUCACCAUGUGGGAACUGCACAUCGGCCGGGCUCGAUUGCACGCAUUCGACUCCGACCCCAAAGAUCAUUGCUCCAAAGCAGCGUGUAUUAAUCUCAGCGCAAUACGAGCAAAAGAUUGAUGGUAUCGCGGGAGGCAUCGAGGAUAUCAAACGACUACUCCGUGGCAAGGACUUUGGUACGGACAUCGCCAGAUCUAGUGACGCCCAGGGAGACUAUAGAAAGCAGACCGAACCACCAGUUCCGGUUCCCAAGAUUCAACCCGCUUUUAAACCUGAGGGAACCACCACCAGCUGGGAAACUUCUUCUCACAUCGUCGACUUCGUCAAGGCUGUUGUCAAGGACUGCGACUUGCGAUACUCCGACCCCGAGAUUGGUCAAGCCGUGUCGUCCUUGAGCACAUUAGUUGAAUCCACGGAUGGUCGAGUGCUGGACCAACAUUCGGACUGUGGCCUGCUCGCCAGGUACAGAUCUCCUGUCUCGCCGUUACUACCUCCGUUGAAAGCAGCACAUUACGCGCUCAUCACCAAUUUAUCUCGAAUCCUCCCUCUCGAGAAGUUCUCCGAAAUUUGUCAAAAAGUGUACUUUGCAGUGGACGAGUACAAUGAUCUCGAAUUCAUUCUAGCAAAUGGCUACCUAUCCUAUAUCUCAUUCGAGUACUUCGUUGCAUCCGGAAUCCAAGAAUACAAUGAAUAUUGCAAUCUGUGUUGGAAGAAUCUCGUCAACGCCUUUGCACGGCUUCCACUAAUUCUUCCGCAAUCGAUGGAGUCCAUUGCAGUACUGGCACUAGGUGCUUUCAAUGCAAUCGAAAACUCCAAGUCGUCACUGGCAUGGACGUUUAUUUCCUAUGCCGCGAAUCUCUGCCUCACACUCGGCUACCAUCGAAAGGACCCUGCCAGAGAGAACGAGUCAUACCUUCGAGUAAGCCAAGAGAGCCUGUUUUGGCUGGUCUACAAUCUCGACAAAGGACUAUCAUUGCGGCUUAGCCGAUCUUCUAACAUCCGCGAUCGGGAUAUAACGUUGACUGUCAAUCCGAAUGCACUUCUGCGCACUCGUCAAUCCAUGAUUCAAGGACAGGUAUACGAUCAGCUCUACAGCCCCAGCGGCUUAUCCAAGUCUGAUCAUGAGCGGCGGACGAUUGUCAACGCUUUGGCUCUAGAGCUCCGAGAACUCAUUCAGGAGACACGUGUGGAUAUCAUGAACGCUGAACAGCUCGAUCCGAAUGUCAAUCCGAUGGCGAUCGUGUAUUUGCGCUGCGACCUUGUCUGCAGUUCGUCUACGCUCGCUCUGAUCCUGCGAGCUGCCCCUGCACCAGGGGAGUCUGCAAAUCGAGCUUCAGAAGAAUGUGUGACGGUCGCUCGUGAGGUGAUGGACAUCCACCAGCAAUGUAUGGACAGCGUGAAAAGCUGGAAGGGCAACACAGCCAUGUUGCAGAAGUACAUCAAUUGGGCUGUACUACAUACACCGUUCAUACCCUUCAGCAUUCUCUUCACACAAGCCGUCCAACAACUCGACCAAUCCGAUUUAGCCCGCAUAGAGCACUUCGCCUCAUCGCUGAAGCCCGAAGCCACCUUGCCAGCAUCGCCAUCCCACCCGUAUCGAAUCUACGAACUCCUCAGCCGAACCGCACGCCUCUGCGUGGACAACCAGAUCCAGCAUCAGCACCAUUCUCAAUCUGAUUCUAUCCCCACAAAGUCAGCAUCUUCAUUGCCCACACCAACCACAUUGACGUUCCCCGCAACUACAGAAGCAGAUUUUGGAUUACAAGACGAUGGUCACGGUCCGGGCGUCGACGGACUGCCUGGAGCGGACGAGCUGGAUCUUGGAGAGAUAGACUUCCAUGUGGACAGCCUGAGUGAGUGGUACUAUGGCAACCAGCAGAUCAUGAACCUGAUGGAUGACGACGCCAUGGCGUGGACUUAUCAGUGA